GUUCCGGUUGCGUUUCCUGAUUGUGUGUAGUUCCCAUAAUUUUGUGUGUUCUCUUUUGAAGUUUAUUUUGUGAUUAAUGUUCGAAUUUUGAAUGCAUUCGUACUCCCUUUUGUGUUAAUGUCAGCGUGUACUUUCUGUUUGUGAUUAGAGUCGGUGUGUUGUGUGCAGGUGUAGUGUUCCUGUACCCUUGCCCUGUAGAUUAUGUCUUCUUACAACAUCCCUACUAUGAACGUAAAUUUGCUAAUUCACCAAGCUAUAUUACCCUCCGCCAACGACUGACUAGUCGACACAUUAUUAAGGCAUGGAUGUGUGUGAUAGGUCGGGGAAGAAGCCGUGGACUUGAGCGAAGCGGGCGGUGACGAUAUAUCACGCUUAAAAGCUAGGUUCUACCGAGAUUUGAACUCGGAUCGCUGGAUUCAGAGUCCAGAGUGCUAACCAUUACACCAUAGAACCUCUGUAGACUACGCCAAGGUCUCGUCACAAUUUGUAAAAGUAAUAGUAAUAGUAAGUCGCCUGAGAAAUAUCUAGGUAUUAGCCUGUAGUAAUGUGUUUUUAUUGAGGAAAUGGACUAAAGUCAGCUAGUCAGGACAGUACAGUCUAUUUUGCAGGAAGAAGGCCACAACAUGUUGUUAUCAUGGUGGUGGGCCUACAGCUGAUCAGUAUACACUGGGUGGCGAUGAUGAGCCAUUUAGGUUACGAUCUUGUGUGUCCACAAUUCAGUCGAAGAAGAAAUUGGAAGAUUUUCGAGUGGAGCAUCAGCAUCCAGUAUCAGACUAGGCGGAGAACAUGCCAAACCGCUGUUGUGCGUAUGGCUGUGGGAAGUCCUACGAUCAGAAUGUGACACUCUUCCGCUUCCCCAAAGAACCUGAGGACUUUAACAAAUGGCAGAAGCAGGUCCAGAGGACCCGCAGCAACUGGUUUGCUAAACCCUUUUCCCAUCUGUGCAACGAGCACUUUGGUAAGGAGUGCUUCGAACCCAGAUCCAACGCCGUCAACAAGACAAUGGGAAACAAAGGCUUGAAGCUGAAGGAAGGGGCCGUCCCGACUGUUUUCAUCCGCCCCCCGUGUAGAGCCUGUGGGGGCCAUGGUUCCUGCUGCCCAGUGUGCACCCCCAAAGGAAAGAGGCAGGGUCUCUGCAUUGAACCAAGAGACGCUGGCACGGAUGAUGGGCUUAAAUGGGCUCCUGUUUUUGGGAGUUCAGAUUAUGAUGAGACGGAGGAGGAGGAGGAAGAAGAAGAGGACGACGACGACGAUGAAGAUGAAGAAGAACCCAUGGAGGGAGAGGAGGAAAUGGAGCCAUUUGAUGAAAGAGAAAAAGAUCUUCCAGCUGUCUGUGAGAUGUGUGGGAUCACUGGCACCAAAGGCAACUUCUACUCCAGUACCAAGCGAUUCUGCAGUGUCUCCUGCUCACGGUCCUUUUCUUCCAACUCUAGGAAGGCCUCCAUUCUGGCUCGGCUACAGGGAAAGCCACCCUCAAGGAACGCUACAGUGCUGAACAAGACUGGUUUUACAGGUGGCCACCUCCCACAAACUCUGUUACCCCCACAGGAUACUCCAGCUAUUCGGGAAGAUGGUGAGAAAGUAGCAACAGGUAGUUUUGAUUGGGGUGGUUAUCUGGACAAACACAACAGCCCUGCAGCAUCAGUGUCCUCCUUCAGACACGUUCCCCUCACAGACAAGUGGGACGACAUCAGAAAGGGCAUCAAAGUGGAGAUAGUCAAUAACAAGGCAACUUUACACAGCAAGGUCUAUUGGAUCGCCACUGUUCUUAAACUAGCAGGUUAUGAUGUUAAGCUUCGCUUUGAGGGCUUUGAAGAGGACAGCAGCCAUGAUUUCUGGUGUAAUCUGGGCAGUGCUGACAUCCACCCCAUCGGCUGGUGCGCUGUAAACAGCAAGCUACUGGUGCCCCCACUCACCAUGCAUCAGCAGCUGGAAGACUGGAAGACCUAUUUGAUGAAGAAUCUGGUGGGAACCCACACACUGCCUGUGGACUUUCACAUCACGUUGGCGGAUGCGAUGCGAUGCCCCUUUCGUCAAGGCAUGCGUGUGGAGGUGGUGGACCGGGCGCUGGUGAGCCGGACAAGGCUGGCGAUGGUGGACACGGUGAUCGGGGGUCGACUGCGGCUCCUGUACGUGGAGGGCGGCCAGGUGGCCAAAGACCAGGAGUACGCUGAUUUCUGGUGCCACAUAUACAGCCCUCUGGUGCACCCGGUAGGCUGGUCCCACAGUGUCGGCCACCUCAUCAAGGAUGCAGAAUAUCCUGAGCAGUCGCCAGCACUAUGCAAGUUUUCUGAAAGUUUCCCGAGCUUAUUCAAGAAGUCCAGGACGGUGUUCAUGGAAGGUGGGUUUUUCGAGGAGGGGAUGAAGCUGGAGGCCAUUGACCCACUGAAUCUUGGGAACAUCUGUGUAGCAACUGUGCGCAAGGUACUUCUGGAUGGCUACAUCAUGGUGGGCAUUGAUGGUGUUGAGAUUGGAGAUGGCUCCGAUUGGUUCUGUUACCAUGCCAGCUCGCAUGCCGUCUUGCCCACAGGAUACUGUGAUAAGAAUGAUAUUCCCCUCACCCUCCCUCCCGGUCACCAACUUGCAACUUUCAGUUGGGUAAAAUAUCUGGAAGAAUCGGGUGCUGUAGCUGCACCCAAAAGGCUUUUCAACACUGAUGAGGUGGGCCACGGCUUCAUCCGUGGCAUGAAGCUGGAGGCUGUGGACCUGAUGGAGCCGCGGCUGGUGUGCGUGGCCACAGUGCAGCGCUGCGUGGGCCGCCUGCUGCUGCUGCACUUCGACGGUUGGGAGUCGGAGUUCGACCAGUGGGUGGACUGCGAGUCUCCAGAUAUCUACCCGGUCGGCUGGUGCAAGCUCCAUGGUUACCAGCUUCAGGCGCCUGUCAGUCAAGAACCCUUGCUGGGACAAGAACGCAAGAAGACUAACAGACCGUACUCAGGAAAAAAGAGUAAGUCUGCGCUGAGCAAUAGGCAGCCUGACGGCAUCGAAAGGAAAAGAAUGGUGAAGAGGAAAAGUAGCUCCACCACACCGCCCAAACAGCCCCAAGCGCAGGACGAGGCGCCUUCCUCAGACAGUCAGGUGGCCAUCGACCAGGUCAUGCAACUGAAGACCGAACCAGAGGAGGAGCCAAAGGAGGAGAUAAUUGCCGUGCAGGUGAAAGUGGAGGAGAUGGAAACUGAGACCCCCAUCAGCUGUUACCCAUCAGGCACUGAGACAGACACCCCAGAGCUACCAGUGGUUGUCAAGCAGGAAGAAGGCGUGACAAAGGAAGAGGUCUGAUCCUCAUUGACCAGAACUGCAUAUUGACGCACUCAAGACUAUGAAAAAACUCAUUCCCUGUGUUGCCUGUAUUCAGGCACUUCAAGGCAGAUGUGCAGUGCUCGUUUUGAUGAUGCCCACUAUGUGACUUUUGGGCAGACUGUGAAGAACAAAACCAAAAUGAUGGACAUCAUCCUUACCUAGUGGUUGUCUGAGCUCACAUUCACCCAUUCCAACUGUUCAAAUGAGUCCUGCCUAUUGUGUUUGUAGGCUGUUGCCUUCACAUUCACAGUGUUCUUAAAAUACAGCUGUCAGAGUCCACCGGUUGUAAUAGAGCAUUUGUUAUUUUAGUUGGAACCUCAGUUACAUCACUUUUACAGUUGGCUAGAUGAUAAAUCACAUUAAAGUGAACUAUGUGGAACUUUG